AUGGAUAAGAGUGACGAAUUUGAUUUUUCAGGAAUAUAUCCCCAAAGUAAAAAUUUAUAUGACACUUUUGUUUGGGGACGCAUGGGUGGAAAGUUGCUUAAUGAUUAUUCACCUGUGUGCAGUGAUUUCUAUACUAGAAUAGAUGCAUAUAGUAGUUAUCUUUUUCAAAGAUCUUGUGUACCACUUGGAUUCUAUUUAGAUGCUUUAAAUAAAAAUAAAGCUAGUAAUUCAUAUUAUGAUGUAAAACCUAGAUGUUAUUAUUUCUUUUACAAGCUAAAUGAACUAGUUAAAAGAUACGGAGGUAAUUGUGGAACACCAAGAAAUUGUUACAAAAAAAUGAGGGACAAGAAAUCAGGAACGAAACGAAUAAAUGUACCUACUAUAUGUGAACAAUUUGUUAAUAAUAUUGAAGGGAUUAGUGAUGAUAUAUUCAAUAAAAUAUAUAAUAUAGAACAACUAUAUAUAUAUUUGGAAAAAUUAAAAAAUAUUCCAGAUCCAUCUAAGUAUUAUAAUUGUGGUCAUGGAAAGAAUUAUGUUAGAAUAUGCAAUGAAAUGUUAGAAAAAUUUACACAUAAUAAAAACAAGAGUUUCGAUAAAUUAUUGAAAGAAUUUAAUCAUUCUUAUGAUAGAUAUAAGAAAAUAUUCACUGAAUGUGAUGGUACACGUAAACGUAAUCCUCCCCCACCGAAGCCAAUAUCUGUGACAGUGGCACAACCAACAGUAGAAACAUUGAGAAUGACUGCGACAGAGAUGCAGACAAGGAUAGAACAGGACCCAGGGACGGGGAUAGGGACAGGAAUUUUUGUCUCAACUUUUGUAUCCUUAAUAAUUAUAUUCAUUUUUUAUAAGGU